AUGGGGCUAGAGGCAUCUUUGUCUAGUUCUGUCCCACCUGACAAGGAACUCCUGAGAAAUGAACCCAGCCUGCAGCCCCUUGGGAAGGACCAGCUGAGACCCAGGCUCAGGUUGACCCUGAGCCUCCUGGGUCAACCCCUUCCCUCCAACCCCUUCCCUCCUCCAGACAGCACACCAGAGCCCUGGGACCAAGGGGUACAUCCCGGCCUGCGCAGCUUCCCCGGUAAGCCCUGCACCAAUGACAGUGACAGCCUGGACCUGCCUGACAGCUCUCGGGCGCUGCUGCUGGGCUGGGUGCCCACCAUGCUGGUGCCCGGGCUCUAUGGCCUGGUCUUGGCAGUGGGGCUGCCCGCCAACGGCCUGGCGCUGUGGGUGCUGGCCACGCGGGUGCCGAGGCUGCCCUCCACGGUGAUGCUGAUGAACCUGGCCGCUGCAGACCUGCUGCUGGCCCUGGCGCUGCCCCUGCGCUUGGUCUACCACCUGCGGGGCCAGCGGUGGCCCUUCGGCGAGGCUGUCUGCCGCCUGGCCACAGCGGCACUCUACAGCCACAUGUAUUGCUCUGUCCUGCUGCUGGCCGCCAUCAGCCUGGACCGCUACCUGGCCGUGGUGCACCCGCUGCGGUCCCGAGGCCUUCGAAGCCAACGUCUGGCCGCCGGGUUCUGUGCGGCAGCCUGGCUGGUGGCGUUCACCCUGACGCUGCCCCUGCUGCUGCAGCGGCAGACCUUCCUCCUGUCCAGCUCCAACCACAUGCUCUGCCAUGACGUGCUGCCCCUGGGCGACCAGGCCACCUACUGGCGGCCGGCCUUCAUCUGCCUAGCUGUGCUGGGCUGCUUCCUGCCGCUGCUGUUCAUGCUUCUGGGCUAUGGGGCCAUCCUGUGCGUGCUGGCCGCCAGUGGACAACGCUACCACCACGCGCUGCGGCUGACCGGACUGGUACUGGCCUCUGCGGUGGCCUUCUUCACGCCCAGCAACGUGCUGCUGCUGCUGCACUACUCCAACCCGGGUCCAGACGCCUGGGGGGAACUGUAUGCCGCCUACAUGCCCAGCCUGGCGCUCAGCGCCCUCAACAGCUGUGUGGAUCCCUUCGUCUACUACUACGUGUCAGCCGAGUUCAGGGCCAGGGUGCGGGAAGGACUGCUCCGCCGGCCACCUGGUGCCAGCUCAACCUCCCGGGAAGGGGGCAGCCCCAUGAUGGGCACCCGGUCCUCCUCACUCGUGUGA